AGGAUGGGGGAAGAAAGCGUAUACAAAACAAGAGGCUCCCCAUCCCCGUAACCAGGUUUCUCUAAAGGAAGGCCCGUUUCAUCUCCCAAACUUCAUCUGAAGGAGCAAAAGAAUCACCAUAUAUUGACUCCAGAGAAGUGGCGGAAAAGGGUGGAAAGAGGAACAAGAGCUAAAGACAUCAAGGUUUCAGGCAUGAAUAGAGGAGUUUUUGAGAGCUCUCUAGUGCAGCAGAUGAUGGGGGGAAGCCCUACCUGGUGGAACAUGAAUAACCUGAGGCCACCUGCUCAACAAACAUCCUUUCUCUUACCCUCUUCUUCCACCUCCUCCUCCUCAUCAUCUUCUUCCUCAGUGUUUCCUCAAGACUCGCAGCCAUCUAAUUUUCUCCCCAUGAUCUCCUGGCAUGAUAAUCAGUAUCUUCCUGAGUCAUGGAGUCAACUGUUGCUGGGAGGAUUAAUGGAGGAAGAAGGCAGGUGCAGCUUCACUCCUUUCCGAGCCAAGAGUAGUGUGGAUAAUUGGGAAGAUCAGGUGUUAUACCCAUCAGCAAGUACACAAAUGGUUGAUGUAAAACAAGAGACCUCUGAGGGUGGAUAUCUGUACAGCCACGGGAAUGAAGAGAUUCAGGCGCCUAGGUCUCCUUGGAGCCAGGUCCUGCCAACUUCCUCUCCCAGAUCUUGUAUCACAAAUUUCAGCAGAAACAUGCUGGACUUCUCAAGCACCAAAGCAGAAAAAAAGCAUCUCCAUCCAGACCAUUCAUCCGAGUGCAACAGCACAACUGGUGCAGCUUUCAAGAAGGCCCGAGUUCAAGCCUCCUCAGCACAAUCCCCUUUCAAGGUGAGGAAGGAGAAGUUAGGAGAUAGGAUCACAGCUCUUCAUCAGCUAGUUUCUCCAUUCGGGAAGACUGACACUGCGUCUGUACUACUAGAAGCCAUUGGCUAUAUCAGAUUCCUCCAGAGUCAAAUUGAGGCUCUGAGCUCCCCGUACUUGGGUAGUGGAACGAGGAACAUGAGGCAGUCUGAUGCUGAUGAUGAACCAAAGAAGGACUUGAGGAGUAGAGGAUUGUGCCUGGUUCCAGUAUCCUUCACUUUGCAUGUUGGCGGUGACAAUGGAGCGGAUUACUGGGCUCCCACUUUCGGUGGGGGUUUUCGAUAGACUGCACCAAAUUCGCAGCAUGGUUGGGCUUAAUGGUGGAUAUACCAUCAUGAGCGGUCACUCUGCUAAACCAAAGGCUGAUUGCUCAUGAUGCUAUAUAUGCAUUUAAAUGAAUGGCAUCUACUUUAAAUCAAGAUGGCAGGAUUCUUAUACUUUCAUGAUUCAGAACCCUCUUCCUUACAAUCCUACUGCAUGUAUAAUUCUGGUAAUGUAAGCAUCAGGAGAUGGUUUUAGACUCUCCUUAAUCAACACAGGAGUCCAAUCUCAUCUCCUUGAUUUGUUGUAAGCAAGUCAUUGAGCUUCACUGAAAGGCCUCUCUGAACUUGCUUAAUUUGAAGCAAUAGUAGGAACAGCAUGUCAAUGUUAAUAUUGGCAUUAUUUUAUAUUCAUGUAAAGGUUGA